AUGGCGGAAAACGAACUGAAAUGGUACGAUAUCUUGAGGCUUCUUUUUUUAACCAUUUUAAGCAUUGCCGACCCCAUCACCGAUAUUCUUACACUGGUGCAAUUCUACCGCGCAGAUCACAAGACAUGGUUCGGUGUGGGGCUUACAUUCAUUAUUUUGCCAAGUUUGUAUUUUCUUGUUUUUAACUUCUUUCUUCACGCGAUGACAAGAAUGCUUGAAAAAGACUGGGGCCAGUGGGAGGCUUGGGAAUGCAUACAAGUUAUAGUCCUUGGAUGCAAUCCCUUCCUCCCGGCCUGGCUGAAACUUCGAACGCUUUAUUGCUGCCUGAAGAAGAAGUUAACAAAACUCUGGCAAGGUAAUAUAAACAACAACGGUGAAACCGAUGAAGACUUGGGUACGCUACUGCCGUUGAGCAAAUUGGCUGUUCUGUCCGAGGCCGCUCUUGAAUCAGCUCCUCAGUUUAUUAUCCAGUUGCAUGCCAUGGCUGUUCAACAGGAAUCCGCGGCGAUCGUUCAAAUAGUUUCCCUAUCUUUAUCUUUCCUUAGCAUCGUUUGGGCGUCUACUGUUGCUGAUGAGCUAAUUCACACUGAACUCGAACACGGAAGCCUCAAAUUCAGUGUAAAAGAUAAAGUUCUACUCUUCGUAACGCACAUAAUUAUUUUAAGCAGUCGACUCUUUGCAGUUGCUUUGUUCACCGUAAGCUUCAAGUGGUGGGUUAUCAGUGUUUUGAUCCUUCACAGUACGGUGAUAACAAUAUCUGGCAGAGGUUGGCCUUGUACAACAAAAAGCUUUAACUGCUACGUCGGCCAUUUUCAGUGGGUUAUGUUUUUCGGCGUCCAUUGGCUACGAGAUGAUUUGUCGUUAAUUCAGGAAAAAAAGAAACAUUUAGGAAGAAUACAGUUGGUCUCCAACGCGCUAUUUGUGAUAGAAAACAUCGCCAUGGUCCUGUUGUUUUAUUUCAGUCAUUUCCCUCACUCCUGGUACUCCUUACCAGUCAUCAUCUGUGUCUGUUUGUUUGCUGUUCUUGGAGCCGUAAUGAGGCUUACUCUCUUCUCUUUCAAAACGAAGGAAUCAGAUGGUCGCGGAGCCAGGAGUAACCAA